AUGGCUCUCGAGACUGUCUGCCUCGAGCACAUCCCCUCGACGCACAGCGUCCAGGUCGCCUUCUUCCGCAAUGUGUCCAAUCCCGACUUCCUGCAGUCGCAGCUCGUUGCACGGAACCCCGACUUCGAGUACGCCUUCAUCGACGCAUCCUCGGUCGUCUCGCGCGUUCAGGUCCUGGCCGCCACCUUCAAAGCGCUCACGCUGCUUCUCAGUGGCUCAUUACGGACCCCCAACGUCCACUCCGAGAUCGUCUGCUCUCUGAGCCCAACCAACAACAUUGCUGAAGCUUACCGCCGCUACGGAGUUACCCCUCAGACCAAGGAUGUCAUCAUUGUCAAAGUCCUCUUCCCCACCGAGGCCAACCCUCAGCCGCCGUCACCCGAGUCUAUCUGGGCGCACCUUCAGGAGCACGUCAAGGGCAGCCCCGUCCCCCUCGUGGACGAGAACAUUGCAGCAGCUACGGACCUGGCCAAGGUGCGCAAAUAUUACAAGUUGAACGGCGCCCCGGCACUGAACGACGCCAAGGACGACCUCUCCAGGAAAACCGAGACGGAGGCGCUUGUCCUGGCGAGCAUGGCCCUACGGGGUGUCUGA